AAAUCUCCCAGCGAAUGGGAAAGGUGAAUGCUGCUGCCUAAUGUCGCCGCGUCGAAGUCCAGUUACUUUUCGGGGCGCUUGAUGAAAACUGUGUUUGCUGAUUUCAAGGGAAUUGAAUGUAGGUGAGCCGCCUCAUCCGUGCUCUCCGUGAUUCCCUUUCCAACUCUUAUCGCACGGACGGCCACUGACUGCGGUCGGUGACAGCCCCGCGAUACGACAGCCAUGCCUGUCCCCGCCAGAUACCUCAGCAACAUCCCCAUGGCCUUUGCGUCCUCGGCCUCGCUUAUUCCCCCUCCCCCGAUCAACACCCACCAGCCCGGCGUCGUUACUUCUCUUCUUUACAGCGGCUCCAAGUUCCGAGGGCACCAGAAGAGCAAGGGGAACUCGUAUGACGUGGAGGUGGUUUUGCAGCAUGUUACUAUGGAGGAUUCCUACUUGUGUGGGUACCUGAAGAUCAAAGGACUUACAGAGGAAUACCCUACACUAACAACGUUCUUCGCUGGUGAGAUCAUCAGCAGGAAGCGCCCGUUCCUGACCAGGAAGUGGGAUGCAGAUGAAGAUGUGGAUCGUAAGCACUGGGGCAAGUUCCAGGCCUUUUACCAGUAUGCUAAGACCUUCAACUCUGAUGACUUUGACUACGAGGAGCUAAAGAACUCAGACUACAUCUUCAUGAGGUGGAAGGAACAGUUCCUGGUUCCAGACCACACCAUCAAGGACAUCAGCGGAGCUUCCUUCGCUGGCUUCUACUACAUCUGCUUCCAGAAGUCCACCGCCACCAUCGAGGGCUACUACUACCACCGCAGCUCUGAAUGGUACCAGUCUCUGAACCUGACCCAUGUUCCAGAACACAGCGCAGCCAUCUAUGAGUUCCGGUGACCCCGGCAACCAGGCUCUGUUGGCGCACAAAGACUAUGAGGCAGAGCAGAGACCUGCAGAUGCUGCUGGAAGGAGGCAGAGGAGGAGGGCUUGAGGGAGGAUGGUGUUAAAUGGAAAACUGUGUUUUAUGAUAAAGAUGAGGACGUUCCUGUCAAGGGUUGACCUAGAAUGAGGGAGAUGGGAGGGGGGAGGGGGGGGGGAGAGAGAAUGGAAGGACGCAUGGUAGCUUUUAUUGGCUGUAGGAUGACUGACUGACUGAUUGAAGGAGGAAAGGAGCACCGAUUGGCUCUCUGACUGGAGAGACAGCCCUCAAGGACAUCUGCAUCGGAUCACCUCUUCACUUAAUGUUUGUUUUUUUAACAUAUUGGUUUUAAUGGUCCUUUUUAUCCUCCGGCUCUCUGCUGCUGCUUGCUGUGCUGGGACACUUUCCAGAGGUGAGAUUAGGGUCAGGGCCUCUAGCCUGGGGGGGCGGCGGGCGUAAUCUCGUUUGACUCGGCUAAAAUAUGACAAUGAUUCCUUGACGGAGUCUGCUCUAGAAGGAUGGCUGGAUGAAGGGAUGGAUGAAGGGAUGCAUGAAGGGACGGACAGGUGGGGUCUGUCUCUGCCACAGCCAAAGCGACAAAACAGAUGCAUUGUGGGAUGAGUGAAGAAGCUGAGCUGAGGACUGUGCUGGGGUUCUGUGUCCAGGAGCUGGCUGGAGGUGGCUGGACAGCAAGUGUUUGUGUUGCUAUGCUAGGUCUGAUGCAAACGAGAUUUUGCAACAGUAUUUACCUCUUUUAGAUAGACAGGAACCUCCUCAGAGCUUCACCAAGUCAUGGGGGUCUUUGCUCUAUGGUAGUCUGGGCGAUGUUGAUGAGUGGUGGUUGUGGGUAUUGUGUUGUUGUGGGUUACGCAGAUGAAUCAUUGGGGUUUCGCAACCAGGGGUAGUCCAGCAAGGUUCGAGUUUCACCAUUCACCGGUGGAAUAACCGAUAAGUGCCACCAACCUGGUGAACCCAAUGAGGAAAAUCAAGUGUACCCUAGUGUUACUAUCCCCUACCCAUCUCUGCAUCUGACACAGACAAUACAUAGAACAAUAUACUUAUAGAUAGAUAUAUCCUUUGGGUCCAUUUUAGAUGUUUUUCAUCCCUUGUCAUCUCCAACUAUGCAACAUUAUCAACAUGGCACUCCGCAACUAUCAACCUCAACUUUCCAGAUAAACAAAUCUAUUCUAUCAUCAUCAUAGUAUUAAAUGUCUAUCUUUAUCACCAUUAAAGGAACUAUUUUUGUCUAAAUGCCUUUGGAAUCACACCCUCUCCUCUCCCACCUUUGCCCUUUCAAUGUGACGGUGCCAUCUUUUUCAAGCUUAAAGAGUUGUAUUAUGACCAGAGAGUGUGAUGCUGGACUUGUGAGGAGUGGAGUAAAUCAUAUCAGAACAAUAAUGACUCUGUGUUUGUCCGUAACCCAAGGAUACGUGCUGACGUUACAUACACCUAUCUUCAUUCCCUCACAAACAAUAGUCAUAAAGGUUUAUCAGUGAGUUUACUCAAAGGCAGUUCAUGAACACAACUGUACCCAUAGCCUGGUGUAGGUUCUGGACAUGCUGAACGGAAGUGUUGAUUUGGUGCCUCACCCAUUCUGUUCACUCAUGAGCACC